GCUGUCAUCUGAGGACACGUGAGGUGGCUACACAUGUCCACGUUAUUCUCGCGCACAAGGAGUCCCUGUGCGGUGUCAUUUAUUCAUCUUUUCACGAAAGCAUAACGAAGACAUACUUGGCCCAACGAAAGGCCACUUUCCGCGCUGUCAUGACAGGGUUGAGAAGUGAAGUGAGGGGAAGGGGGAGGGGUGGUUCACCGGCUUCUUUUCACGCUCCUGAGUGCACCGAGUUCAUGUGUCCGUAAAAGGCGGACCGACGAAUACACCUCUCCCGUCGCGUUCGCUAUCUUCCGCACAAACCGAGCUAUAUAGCCCCAUUGACUAACCCCCACCCCAAACAAGAGAUGUCUGCGUCUUUAAAGCGAAGCUCCGUUCGUGAAACGGGCCAUGAUGUCAGGCUGCCCCGUCAACUGCUCGCGUGAGCCGACUUCCACUUCCUGCGCAGGCGGCCAGGCAGCGGGCACUCGGAAGGCGAGCGUGGCCGAGGGAGGUGCGCGACGGACGUCUACGGAGGAGCAACAAGAACCGAUAGAGAGGACGGAAGGAAGGAAGAACCGGCGGGCGCUCCAUUUUUUAAUCUAACUUCAUUGGUCGUCGUCGCCGGCUGACAGUCCAUGGACUAGCCACAUAUAUUCGGGCCCCUCAAGGUUUCUGUCACAAUGGCAUCUCAUGAGAAUGUGCAAGUGUACCCAGUGAAGCCACCCAUUGCUCCCCUCACUGGCGCGUUCUGCGGUUCAUAGCAGAAGUCUCCUGGUCCAAAUAUGUCGCAGCUGCUCCAUGUGGAGAUCCCAAAUUUUGGAGCCACGGUGCUGGGCUCCUUGAAUGAGCAGCGUUUGUUGGGGCACUACUGCGAUGUCUCCAUCCUGGUCAAAGGCCAGGCCUUCAAAGCCCACCGGGCAGUGCUGGCCGCCAGCAGCCUGUACUUUCGUGACCUCUUCAGCACGUCCACCAAGACCCAGUUCGAGUUGCCCUCCUCAGUCACGCCGGCAUGCUUUGAGCAGAUCCUCUCCUUCUGCUAUACGGGUAAGCUGACCAUGGCGGCGAGUGAGCAGCUGGUGGUCAUGUACACGGCGGGCUACCUGCAGAUCCAGCACAUCGUGGAGCGCGGCAUGGACCUGAUGUUCAAGGCCAACUCACCGCACUGCGAUUCACAGACGGCCGGCACCUUGGAGGAGACGGGCUCGGAGCCACAGAGUCCGUGCAACAAUGGCAACGGCCUGGCGGUCGCCACUCUCUUGGCGAACCCCGGCUGGUCCCCGUCCCUUCUUAUGCCGCCCCGUAAGAUUAAGCUAGAAGGUGGCGAGCCCACGCCCCUCAGCAUCGCAACCACGCAAGGCAAAAUCUCCUCCUCUGAGCUGGGCAGUCGGUUGGCAAGGGCCAGUUCGCUCUUCUACACCACAGCCGGAGGCACCACCAUCCCCGGUGUACCUCCUUACCACCUUCUUGGUGCCGGGGGAGGUGGGGCAGGGGGCGGAGCAACGGGUGAGCGUUCAAGUCCCGGUGAAUCCAGUUUACCCACCACCGACAGUCCCACGUCGUACCAGAAUGAGGAUGAGGAGUUUGAGGAAGAGCCCUAUGACGGAAUGGUGGAGGACAGCUUCAGUCACCUCUAUGCACGUCCAGGCAACCCCUAUGGCAUGCCGGACAAGCCCGAGAUGGCGGCCGUGCCACUGGCCUUGGAGAACCGCAACUGUGUACUGAUCCGUCGGGAUCUGGUGGCUCUGCCCGCCAGCCUCAUCAGCCAGAUUGGCUACCGAUGUCACCCCAAGCUCUACACCGAGGGAGACCCCGGGGAGAAGCUGGAACUGGUUGUUGGCACACAGGUGUUCAUGACUCGAGGUCAGCUGAUGAAUUGUCAUCUUUGCGCCGGAAUCAAACACAAAGUCUUGCUGCGGCGUCUGUUAGCGACAUUCUUUGACCGAAACACUUUAGCGAACAGCUGCGGGACUGGGAUCCGCUCAUCCACCAGUGACCCGAGCAGGAAACCCCUGGACAGCAGGGUCCUCAACGCUGUCAAACUCUACUGUCAAAACUUCAACCCUAACUUCAAGGAGAGCGAAAUGAAUGUGAUUGCUGCUGACAUGUGCACCAAUGCGCGGCGCGUCCGCAAGCGCUGGCUGCCCAAAAUUAAGUCCAUGCUGCCCGACGGCAUGGAGGUGUACCGCGCCGGCAUGGCUAUGGGCGGCGCCGCCGCCGCCCCAGUGCCCGUGAGCCUCAACCUGGGCCUGGGCGCCAACCCGCCACAGGUGGCGCUCCCUUUCGAGGCCGACUUCAAGAGCUUCGAGCAGAGGCUGUAUCCCGAGCGCAAGGACCCCCUGAGGACUCAUGCCACGCUGGCCGACGGCAGCCCGGGCUCGGCGGCGGCGGCUUCCGAGGCGGAAGGCGGAGGGGUCCAGGAAGAGCACGAGGAAGAUGAGGAGGAUGCCGGCUUGGAGGCCGUCGACGCGUCCGCCAAUUUGAUCUCCAACGGCGGCGAGGCGUCCGCUUGUGGCGACGCGCCGACCGAGCAGGAAGCUUUCGGACAAGGUCUGAGAGUGAACGGACAGUGAACGUCGUCUUGCAACGUGUCGUGAAGUUUCGCUUAACCUUUUGCUUGUUCUCCUCUGCCAUGUUUCUUCUUUUUCUGUGCUUCCUCGGCGGUGCAAAAAGCUUGUGAUCGUACACCAGGGGAAUUUGCCACAUGUGUACACGCACAGAGGCGCUUUUGUGCAGCGACCCCAUUGUUGACGUACAAAAAAGCGCUCCGAGCAGACGCAGGCAUCAAAAUAAGUCACUCUUCCAAGCCUUUCAAGUAUUCCUCAGAAUUUCACCUUGACAAAUAAUAACGUGACCGGCAAACAAAAAGCGCCUCUCUUGCCAGAGCUUGAGAGAUUUUUUUUUCCCAAACAAGCAAGAAAUUGUUUAAUAGCUAGAAGUGAAAUACCCACACCAUCAAAUGUUCGUCUCAAAGACAGAACAUAUUUUACUGCUUCUUGUAUUGGAUUUCUCGUACAAAUAUAUUUUUUUUAUAAUUGUUUUUAUCUCACAUUAAAAUUUUCAACAUGGGCCAAAAAGCUGGGAGAGUUUUGUGCACAGAACACGCUUUGAUUUGGCCCAUAUUGAAAUUUUGCAGUUU